AGAGGGAGAGAGAGAUAGGGACACGCAAACUUCAGGCACAAGAGCCCUCCCCUUAAGUUUUCUCCUAGCUACCAGUUUGUUGCUUACCUUGAAAGGAUCACAAUCCUAUUUGCAUCAAAGAAGAACAUCAGAAGAACCAAUCAAGCUUUGGACCCAGAAUUGAUCAUCUCCUCUCCUUUCCCCAGAAUUGAUCAAGCAAUGGCGCAAUGCGGCGGCGGCGGCGACCUUUCGCGCCACCGGAAGGGUCAUCUCGAGACCGUCGAGAGCCUCUGCCAGGGGCUACUCGACGACGUGAUGCUCGACGAUGAUAAGUGCCGAGCCAUGUUCGGCUACCUCCAGGAGUGGCAGGACCUUGGCAGCAUGUGCUACGGGAGCUUAGGCGAGCCGCCGCUGCCGCAGGCCAGCAACGGCAGCGGCGGCUUCAGGAAGAGGAGACCGGAAGCUUGCCUAGACGCAAAGGCUGAGAGCGACAGCGUCUGCAAGAGGCAGAGAGGGAAGCAGCAGCAGCAGCAGCCGUGUCAUCCCGAUCAGGUGGCGGUGGCAGGGAAAGGGAGGCUGGAGAGGGCGCGGGCAGGAGCCAAGAAGAAGGUGGAGGUGGCGUCGCCCAAGGAUUCCCCGGCGACCUCGGCGUCGACGGUGACCGCCGGCCAGAAGACCGACUACAUCCACGUCAGAGCCCGCCGUGGACAGGCCACGGACAGCCACAGCCUCGCCGAACGGGUGAGGAGGGAGAGGAUCAGCGAGAGGAUGAGGUACCUGCAGGAGCUGGUGCCUGGGUGCAACAAGGUCACCGGCAAGGCCGGCAUGCUCGACGAGAUCAUCAACUACGUGCAGUCCCUGCAGAAGCAAGUCGAGUUUUUGUCCAUGAAGAUCGCGGCCUCAAACCCGGUGGUGAACUUCAACAUCGUCGAGGACCUCUUCGGCCGGCAGCUCAGCCAGGCGGCGUGCAACCCUGCGGCUCUGCCGGCCAUGACGCUGCCGAUCGAGCAGGUCGAGCCGUCCUGCCUUCAGAUGGGCCCCUUGCAGCAGAUGCAAACGUCUGCUGGAUCCUCUAGCUUUGGACUGAAUAUGGUCGUCAGCAACCCGUACUCGCCGGCACCAGGCGGCCAGAUAUCGGCUUCUGCGGCGAUGUCGGUGCCGGCAGGCGCAUCGGUGGAGCCAUGCAUCAACGUGAAUGGAGCUGCAGGUUGGGACAUUGGCGCACACAAUUUGUUCAGUGGGUUUGAUGCACCGUUUCAGUCAGUACAAAGUGAUUGUUUGCUAGACAACCUCAAAAUGGAAAUGUAAGAAGGAAUGAAGGAGAAGUCCACAUUCCAGGAGUUUUAACCACAUCAAUAUUUGUGGCUGAAGAUUCUUUAUUCAUAGAAACUGUACUAAUGUCAGCAAUGGCAAUACAAGUACAUUUGUGUGUUUA